UGUUUGGCUGUUUUUUUUCUACCAGGUAUAUCAUUGAAAUUACUUUUGUCGGAAAAUUAUAAGUAUUGUUGUACGACUCAGAUGUAAUUUUCUUAGUUUUUGUUUCUGUACCUUUGAUUAUUAUCGUUUUCUAUCGGAAGUGUAAACAAAUGAAUUUUGGGAGCUUUUCGGUGAGUUUUUAUUAGAAACCCUAGUUUUUGGAAGUUUUGUUUAUGGGGUUAUGGAUCCGGGGCCUCUGGUGUUUGAUAUAAGCUCCGAUGAAGAAUCUUCCGGGCACAGCUUGCCCAAAGGCGAAGACUUUGAUUGGCUGGCGGAGUUUUUCUACUCCAAAGACAAAGAAUCGGACGAUGAUUCCGAUGAUGUUGUGGUUGUGGCCGAGGUCAAGCCCAAGCAGAGGUCAAAGUCUUCCAAACCGACGGUGAGAGAUGUGGACGUGGACGAUGACUGUGUUAUUUUGGAUGGCGACCCCGAUAAGCCUGCCGGGGUCGUUGAUGACUUGGCGAGUGGCGGCGAGGACGACUUGCUUAUCGUCGGCGAGAAGGGUCAGAUUGCAUGCAGAGACUAUCCUCAUCCUCGACAUCAUUGUGUCACGUUUCCUUUUAGUGCUACCCCACAUGAGAAGCACUGUGACCUGUGUCAUUGCUAUGUCUGCGACUCACCUGCACCCUGUGUGCAUUGGGCAACAAGUGCCUCCAGCAUCGACCAUUGCCACGCCACUGACAAAGAGGAGAUAUGGAAGAUCCAGAGGAGAAACUUUAAGUUGGGUAAAAAUGCUCCAUUACCAGCCUCCACUAAAGUUUCUGAUACUCUGCGUUCGAUGGGUCUGCCUCAACUCAACCCAAUUUCAUCGCUCAACAUUAUUCAGUUAUCACCUAACUCAAGAUCACCGAGUCAUGUUUCCAGGCCUUCUCCUAUUCAAGGUUGUUCCCCAACGAAUUUCUCUGUUCCUACUAUACUAAGCCGAGGUAGGAGCCAGCCCUUGGGACCAGGUUUGUAUAGGAACAGAUUGCAACCCCGCAUAGUUUCAGGAGGGCAGUCGCUUGGUGUUAAUCGUAACAUCAGAAGGGGGGGCCCACGUCAUGUUAAUUCAGGUCAUCCUUUAGUCUCUUCUCCCACGAUAUUUAAAAGGUCAGGAAAUGUUGGGAUUGCCUUGCCAAUGAAUAAUUCUACGUACUAUUCACCAAAAAGUAGGAAUCAUGCUAUUGGUACACAAUAUGCUAGAAAUCCUACUCCGGCAACAGCGUUGAAUGACAUGAAUUCCAUCAGGUGGGAUAAUGUUAACUCCAGCAUGCAUCAACGCCCCUCCGAGCCCAACUUGGGAAGCACGGUUUUAAACACACCACCUUCCCAACCCAAUAUAUAUACUUCCCCUAUUCCUCCAUCAAAUAAUCCUCAGAAUUUCUAUCAGCAUGGGAAUCAGUAUCAGAAUAAUGACCAAAGUAUCUAUCAGAAUGGUAAUGGCACUCAAAACCCGGUGGAAAGUGACUUUCUAGAUGGCAUAGGAAGUGCAAGUGUAAACGACACUAGUUCUGUGGAUUAUAACUCAAGUUGGGUGAACAAUACCAGUCAAAGCAUGCAACAACCUCCAGUUGAGCAUCCUCAACCUCAAAGCACAGAGUCUCUUUAUGAACCUUCUAAUAAGGAGUCAAGUCCCCAGUUCGAUGUAAGAAGCACUAAUUUUAGCGCAGAUUUUGACUUUGAUGACUGGUUGCUGGAAAGUCAAUCUGCUCCUGUGGUUUCAGACGGAUCUAUACCUCCUCAUUCUAACAUCUUCUCUCCGGAGCCUCCUCCCAUCGAUGCAGGUUUGCUUUUGUUCGACUUUGAAACCUCCUGGAACGGUCUCAACCGUGCAUAAUGUGUCUCUACACUGUUUAGUCAUGCUUCUUGAAAAGCCAUGAAGCCCGAAUCGCUGAGCCUUUCAGGUUUUGUGCUUCUCUUGUAAAUAAUUGGAGCUGGUUAAUUUGUGCUGGGCAGAAUAAGCAUCCCCAUUAAAAGCUGGAGGAGCUUUUUUAGUACUUGGUAGUGUAAAGUUAUUUUGUAGUAUUGAUGAUUACGAAUACGAAGUGCACUUUCGUUAUCGCUAGGUUGGGAAUUGGGAUUCUGUCUGGAGGAUUAGAGGCUGGUUGUUUUUUGCCCCUUGAUCCUUCUGCUCGUCAACACCACAUAUGAUGAGAUUUCUUUUUGAGAUUUCCUUGUGUUAGUACCCCGUUUCUAAUCUGUGAAGUCUUUCCCACUUGGGUAUUGCUUUUAUCAGACUGUUAUAUUGUUUUUGAUGGAUA